UACAAAAAUGGUUCAGGACAGCGAAGCCCUAAAGAAGGUGUUGGUGAUCGGUGGCGGUGGUCGUGAGCAUGCCAUCUGCUGGAAGAUGGCCCGCAGUGAACGGGUGGAAACGGUAUACGCACUGCCCGGCAGUCCUGGCAUUGCGGCCGUCCCGAAAGUUCAGCUAGUGUCGGAUGUCGGCGUGAAGAACCAUAGUGCCAUCGUAGCCUGGUGCAAACAGAACCAGAUCGAUCUGGUUGCGGUAGGACCGGAAGAUCCGCUAGCCGAUGGACUGGCAGACGUGCUGCAGGCUGCCAGCAUAAAGUGCUUCGGUCCGGGACGCAGCGGUGCACAGAUUGAGGCGGACAAAAACUGGUCCAAAGACUUUAUGCACCGACACGGUAUACCAACGGCCCGGUAUGCUAGCUUUACCGAUGCAACCGAAGCGAAGACUUUCAUCCGCAGUGCACCGUUCGCCGCGCUGGUUGUAAAGGCGAGUGGUCUAGCUGCCGGCAAGGGUGUCAUUGUGGCGGAAACGAUUGAUGAAGCUUGUGCCGCAGUAGACGACAUCCUGGGCGAGAAACGGUUUGGUGCGGCAGGGGAGGUAGUUGUCGUGGAGGAAAAAUUGUCCGGAGAGGAAGUUUCGGUGCUGGCGUUCGUGGACUCUCGUACCGUGCGCGUGAUGCUACCGGCCCAAGAUCAUAAGCGAUUGCUGGACCAUGAUCGUGGACCGAAUACGGGCGGUAUGGGUGCAUACUGUCCGUGUCCGAUCAUCAAACCCGCGCAGAUGGAGCUGGUCGUGCGCGAGGUGUUACAGCGAGCCGUCGAUGGAUUGCGAGCGGAAGGCAUCAAGUACAACGGUGUGCUGUACGCCGGCAUGAUGCUUACCCCGAACGGGCCGAAAACACUCGAGUUCAACUGCCGCUUCGGUGAUCCAGAAACGCAGGUCAUUCUACCCCUGCUGGAGAGCGACCUGUACGAAGUGAUGGAGGCAACGUGUGACGAUCGACUGCACGAGAUCGAUCUCAAGUUCCGCGCCGGGCUUAGUGCGGUUGGUGUGGUAAUGGCCAGCAAGGGUUACCCGGAAACAUCCACCAAAGGAUGCGUUAUCAAAGGACUUGACGCUGUAGCUGCCCGUCCGGAACAUCUCGUGUUUCACUCCGGUGUGGCGCGCAACGAACGGGGCGAAUUUGUAACCAACGGUGGCCGGGUACUGAUCGGUGUCGUGCUUCACAGCGAUCUGAAACAGGCAGCCGCACAGGCGACAUCCGUCUGCACGACGGCAAUCACCUUUGACGGUUCGCAGCACCGGUUGGACAUCGCACAGAAAGCAUUCAAACACCUAAGUUUGUCGUACAAAUCGAGUGGAGUCGAUAUUGACGCAGGAGAUGCGUUGGUACAACGCAUCAAACCUUUGGCCCGCGGUACCAAUCGUCCUGGUGUGGUUGGCGGUCUGGGCGGGUUUGGUGGAUUGUUUCGCCUAAACGACGUAACGUACACGAAUCGUGAAGGAAAAUCGGUUAGAUACAACGAUCCAGUGCUGGUGCAAGGUACGGACGGUGUCGGCACCAAGCUGAAGCUUGCCGAAGCACUCAACUGUUGGGACACGAUCGGUAUCGAUCUCGUGGCUAUGUGUGCGAACGAUGUGCUAUGUGCUGGUGCGGAACCUCUCGCCUUUCUCGAUUACAUUGCCUGCGGCCGGUUGGAGGUACCGACGGCAGCACUAAUCGUGAAAGGCAUUGCGGAAGGUUGCCGUGAAACGAAUUGCGCCCUGCUUGGGGGUGAAACGGCCGAAAUGCCAUCGAUGUACGACAAGGGCAAGUACGAUCUGGCCGGAUACUGUGUCGGGGUGGUAGAGCAUGAUCAAAUUUUGCCACGCAUCGAUCGCAUUCAAGAGGGUGAUCUAGUGAUCGGACUUCCCUCGAGCGGUGUCCAUAGCAAUGGAUUUAGCUUGGUAAAUCGUAUCCUCGAACGUACCGGUACAAAGCUGACCGAUCGUGCGCCGUUCAGUGAGGACGGACGAAGCACGUUCGGGGAGGAGCUGCUUACACCGACCGCCCUCUAUGUUGCCCCGUUGCUUCCGUUACUGCGCCAAAGUGAUACGGUGAAAGCGCUGGCACACAUUACCGGCGGUGGAUUGGUGGAAAAUGUGCCCCGGGUAUUGCCGGAAGGUUUGGCCGUGGAGGUGGACUUUGCCGAGGUGCAAAUUCCUCCCAUUUUCGGAUGGCUAGCGGCUGCGGGCAAUGUCACCGAGAGGGAAAUGCUUCGUACGUUUAAUUGUGGCAUCGGAAUGGUGGUGAUCGUGUCGGCAGCUGAUCGCACGUGGAAGGAGAAACUGUUCGCACACGGCGCGGUACUGUUAGGUCGGGUACAACGACGCGCACGUGGCACUGAUCAGGUGUUGGUGAAGAACUUCACCCAAGCAAUUACGAAAGUGGCAGCUAAUUACAAACCGGAAAAGAAAUCUCCAACCGCCAUAUCGUACAAGGACAGUGGCGUUGAUAUUGGAGCUGGUGAUGAGUUGGUGCAACGGAUUAAACCGUAUGCCAAAUCGACCAAUCGGCCCGGUGUGAUGGGUGGAUUGGGUGGUUUCGGAGGACUGUUUCGGCUGCGCGAUACUGGUCUAAGUCUGGAGGAUCCUAUUCUCGUGCUCGGUACGGAUGGCGUUGGGACGAAGUUGAAGAUUGCUCAGGACUGCAAUCGGCACGGUACGGUGGGCAUCGAUCUUGUGGCCAUGUGUGUGAACGACAUCAUCUGUAAUGGUGCGGAACCUCUCGCUUUUCUCGAUUAUUACGCAUGCGGACAGUUAGAUGUGCCGGUCGCGGCCAACGUGAUCGAGGGUAUUGCCGAAGGUUGCCGGCAGGGCAACAGUGCACUGCUCGGUGGUGAAACGGCUGAAAUGCCCGGUAUGUACGCGAAGGGUGUGUAUGAUUUGGCCGGUUUUUCGUUGGGAAUUGCCGAGCGCAGCCGAAUGUUACCGCGGAUCGAUUGGAUCUGUCCGGGAGACGUAAUUCUUGGACUACCAUCGAGCGGUGUGCAUAGCAAUGGGUUCAGUUUGGUACAUAAAAUUCUCGAGUUUGCAGGCCAUUCGUACGAUGAUGUGGCACCGUUCAGUGCGACGGGCAAAUCAUUUGCGGAGGAAUUAUUGGUACCCACGCGAAUCUACGUACGGGAACUGCAAGCCCUGUUGGCGGAAGGAUUGGUGAAAGCGCUCGCCCACAUUACCGGUGGAGGUUUUACGGAAAAUAUUCCGCGCGUAUUGCCGGCCGGUGUGGCAGCAUUUCUCGAUCUUGCCGAGGUGCACAUUCCACCAAUUUUCGGCUGGUUAGCAAGGGCGGGCAAUGUAACGACGGAUGAAAUGUUGCGCACAUUCAACUGUGGCAUCGGUAUGGUGCUGGUGGUUGCCACCGAACACAAGCACACCGUACUGCAGCGUCUACGCAGUGCGGGAGGAAUGGCACUUGGCACGGUGGUGAAAAAAUCGGACCCACUCGGACAACGUGUGAUUGUGCAAGGUUUCGAGUACACUUUGCGGAUGUCGCAGCUUACCUGCUCGCUGCCGAAAAAACGGAUCGCUGUACUAAUUUCCGGCACGGGAAGCAAUCUGCAAGCGCUGAUUGAUGCGACGCGUAGUUCAAUCUUUGGAAUUCGUGGUGAAAUUGUCCUGGUGGUGUCGAAUAAGGCGGGCGUUUACGGGCUGGAAAGAGCAGCUAAGGCGGGCAUUCCGGCGAAGGUUAUCCUGCACAAAGACUACAACACCAGGGAGCUGUUUGAUGCGGCCGUUUCGAAGCUGCUCGAAAAGGAACGCAUCGAUCUGGUAUGUUUGGCCGGAUUUAUGCGCAUUCUGUCGGAAGGAUUCGUGAAGCGUUGGAAGGGUGCAUUGAUUAACAUUCAUCCGGCGUUGUUGCCACGCCAUAAAGGAAUUCAUGCACAGCGGCAAGCACUAGAUGCGGGAGAUGUAGAAUCAGGCUGUACGGUUCAUUUCGUGGAUGAAGGCGUCGAUACCGGAGCUAUUAUUCUGCAGGAACGCGUACCAAUUCUACGAGGUGACACGGAGGAAGCCCUUACCGAACGGAUUCAUCAGGCGGAACAUAUUGCAUACCCGAAAGCGCUCCGAUUGGUAGCGAACGAUAUUGCAACCCUUGGAAAAGAUGGCACACUGCAGUGGAUGAGCUAGCUCUGAA